CUCUCGUAGCAGGGGCUUGGUACAGCAUGUAAAGUCAAUCUAAUCUAAUGAGAACAAGGAAAGAGUGCCUAAACAGUUCAUAUUAGUAACUUGAAAUCUUUUCAUAUGCCUUUAUAAUGCCGAAGAGUGAAUCUAGAUCACGUUCAAGAAGUAAGAGUGGUAGUCCGCGCCGGAAACACAAGAAAGAGCGCAGUUAUCGCCGGCGAACGAAAAGUCGUUCUCCCAGCGCGACGCCAUCUUCGACCAAGAGAAGAAGUCGCGAUCGAUCUCCUCGGCGCCGCUCUCGAUCACCACGGAGGAAGAAGAGAUAUUCGAGAAGUAGAUCUCGCUCUCCUAGUGUUGAUCGAUUCGGCCGUUCUAUAGUGAAAAGAAAAGAGGAUGAUCCUAGCUCGAAACGAAAAGAAGAAGAAGAAAGAUUGCAGGAGAUGGAACGUCAGAGAAAAAUUCGAGCCACUGAGAAAGAAAAAAUGAUGAUAGAGGAAGAAACUCAAAAGCGGGUUGAAGAUCUUGUUGCUAAGAGAGUAGAUGAAGAACUUGCCAAAAGGAAAGAUGAAAUUGAUGCUGAAGUCAUGAAGAGAGUAGAAGAGGCCAAGAGAGUGAUGGAAAAACAGAUGGUUGAAGAAUUUGAAAAACGAAGACAGGAGCAACUUGAAGAACAACAAAUGAAGGAGGAGGAAGAACGUCGUAAGAUCACUCUGCUAGAGAGCAAAGUAGAUGAACUCCAAGUGAAACUAAAUGAAGCAAAUCAAAAGUUGGCAGAAGAACGUUUACAAAUGGUUGAAGAAAGAAGAACAUUAACGGAACAGAAAGUGUCUUUGGAACGAGAAAUCAAGAAGCAAGAAAAGGCCUCCCAAGACCUAAUUCUGAACAAAAACAGAAACAACAGGCAGAAACUUACUUUUGGAUUCAAGCCAAAGGGAACUUUAUGAAGGAUGCCACCAGCUGAGGGUAUCCCAGUCAUCCUGCAUCACUGUCCAUUUCAUUUCUUUUUUCUUUCUUUCUUUCUUUCUUUCUUUUUUUUUUUUAUUUUUUCACUUGAAAAUGACAUUGGUGGUUUGGUGAAGCACAUGGUACCAGUGUAUGCUGUCCAAGGGAAGGAUAGCUUUUAUGCAAGGCGUGGUAUUUUAAAUUGCUUUUGUAAUUCUUUUUGUGUCCUUAUACCCAAUCCUUCCUCUUAUUUAUUUUCCUUAUUGUUUUUAAGGGGCUAGUUAAGUCAUGUAUUAUAAGGAAAUCUUUUUAAUCUUUGGGCCAGUAGUCAGAUCUUAUUAUUAGCAAAAUUAUAGCCAUGUGACAAAAAUGACAAUACUUUGCAGCCCAGACUGACUUCCAACUGUCAGGGUAAAAAAAAAAAAAGCUAGAAACACCUUAACGUUCAACAUAAUUUGUUGAGGAAAAUCAAUCCAGAGAUAAGGAAAUAUGUGCAAUCUGCAAAACCCUUAAAUAGUACAACUUUUGCUUCUAACAGUGCAGUUUUUCCCACAUUGAAUUGGCUCCUUCUUGCCAUAACAACAUUACAGAAAUGUUUUUGUUGUUCAAAACUCCCGGAGUUUGACAGUGAUGCAAAUUGAGAUGAUAUUGAAAGACUUCAAUUAAGGCUUUUUGUCAUGCUCUUGAAUCAUAUGCAAUUUUUAUUGUCCAUGUUUCUCUUUGGCUGUUUUCUGUUUCUGUUGAAUUUUCUGGUAUUUAGGAAUCAUUACUUAAACCUCCAUCAAAUUGGUCACUGGUGAAGUUACCUUAAAAUCCACAACCUUAGGUAUUUCAUUAAUUUCGGAAGUAUGCGUACAUAAGGACAUAAGUGGGCAGAAGAUUUGUCACCAGUCUUUCUCUUCUGUCCAUUCAACAUGUCGCGCAACGAACCGAUCCUGUUGUUGAUUGAAUUGUGAGAGUUCGUUACAAAAAUCACCCAACAACCAAAAAGGAGACAAAAUAUUUACAAAAACUACCUUUAUUGAUGACUGCCUUUAGAAUAUAUCGAAUGUUUUCCGAAAAACCCGCAAAAACCGGGAGGUGGAAUGGCCAUGGCUCCUUUGUGGGGAGUAACCGCCGGUUACCGGCUUCUAAUGAAAUCCCUGCAACCCAGCCUUGAAAUGACUGAAGAAAGUUUGUGUCUUUUUCUCCCUUCUAUUUCUUUUUUUGUUUACUUGUAUUUUGUUUUGUUUUUUUGUAAUUUUGCAUUUCAAGGUAAAGUCUUUAGUUGUUCUUCCUCCCGUAAAAUUUUGUAGAUAACUCAUUUCAUUAAAAGUGAUUAUAUUGUUAA